AUGAAAGAAUUAAUGUUUCUAUUCUAUGUAAUUACAUUUCUUGAAUAUUCAAUUGUCUGUUUAAUAGAAAUUGCGGAAGGGGAAUUUCGUAUUCGACUUGAACCCGAAGAACCAGAUAGUACAGCACCGCUGACUUUAGCUUUACAUAUAAAAUAUACACCAACUUAUCCGGAAGAAGUUCCGGAAAUAUCAAUCGAUACACUAGAUGGAUCUAUUGAGGCUGAUGAAACUGAGAAAUUACAUUCAGAACUGAUGAAAGAGGCACAAAGUUCAUUAGGAAUGGCGAUGGUAUUCACAUUAUCAUCAUUGCUUAAAGAUUUGCUAACAACAUUUGUGAUGGAAAGAAAUAAUCGGAAAAAGAAAGACGAAGAAGAUCGAAUUAGAAGAGAAAUUGAGAUAGAACAAGCCAAAUUUCAGGGAACAAAGGUCACAGUUGCAUCAUUUUUGGAAUGGAAGGAAAUGUUUGAUAAAAAAUUAGCGGAAAAGGAGAAGGCUUCUAAAAAUUUAUUAGCUAUAAAGAAAGAAGAAGCCAAAAAAUUAAAACUUACAGAUGAAUCUCUUGCUAAUUCAGAUAUGAAGUAUAUCGAAGAGGGAGAUGUUACAGUGGACGUUUCAUUAUUUGAAAGGGAGGUUGAUAUGAGCGAUGAAGAUGAGGAAGAUACUAGUGAAUGA